AUGUCGACUCCGGAGACGAGAGUGAAGCCCAAUAUCCUCAUUACCGGAACUCCAGGUACGGGCAAAACUACUCUGGCAGACGAACUAGCUAAGCACUUGGGAUAUUUUCGUUUUGACAUCGGAGAAAUAGUGCGAGAAAAUAAGUUCUACACGGAGUUCGAUGAGGAAUAUGACACUUUUGUACUUGAUGAGGACGCCAUCUUGGAUUUUAUGGAAGAACGAAUGGACAAAGAUGACGGAGGAAAUGUAGUAGAUUACCAUGGAUCUUCAUUCUUUCCCGAACGCUGGUUCGACUUCGUUAUUGUCCUUCGAUGUUCAAACACCGUCUUGCAUGACCGAUUAACAAGCAGAGGAUAUAAUCAAUUUAAGGUGAAACAGAAUAUUGAAUGUGAAAUUUUUGGGACAUUAGCGGAAGAAGCGCGUGAGUCCUAUCCGGAACUAGAUGUUCAGGAGCUCACGUCUGAAGAUGUAGAUGAUGUCCAUACGAACAUAGAGAAGAUCAGCCAACUCAUAGAGAAUUGGAGAAAAUAG